ACAUCAAUAACUGAAGCAAGAGCAAAGACAUGGCAGGAGAGAAAUGCGCGUUUGAGCAAACUUUUUCUUUUAGUCCUCUCCCCUCCAAGAAGCCCUCCUUCCUACAGGACCGAGACACUUUAACACUGUUAAUGAAAUGGUCCAUGCUUGGGAGGAUUUCAGCUCAGUGUUACAGCUUUGACCAGUGCUUUUACCCCUACAGCAGUGAAAAGUUUGUACAGUGUUUCUUCAGAGAUCCCAAUGUGGUAUCCAGUCUGAGAAGGAUGGAGGCCGGAGCCUGGGUGCCUCUUGACAAGCCAGUGGUGUCUGUUGAUGUGGAGCAGGUGCUGUGCACUAAGGUCUCCAUGGAUCUGUUUGACCCAAUCUACUCUUGUGGGAUCCUGAGACCCUCUGGACAUGUAGUUAAAUGCUUUCAUGAUGUCUACCCCGACUAUGAUGAACUCAGACAGAUGCUGCAGGAAAAGGACUCUGAGCAGUAUUAUGUGGUUGGGAACGAGGAGCGAGGAGAGUUUCUGUUUCGACUCUUUAAGCACCUGUGUUUCGGAGGAGAGCUCUGUCAGUACGAAGACACUAUCGAGCCUUACAUCAGCACCACAAAACAAAUCUACAAAGACUUGAUCAGUGUUCAAAAGGAUCCAGAGACGAAGAAGAUCAGUGUGCUCUCCACAGUCCUCAAAGUCUGUGCUUAUGACGAGUCUGGACUAUGUUACCCCGGCAGACGAGAGGAGGAGCAGACGUUUGCCUAUUUGAUUGUCGACCCCUUGAAACGUCACGUGACUGUGUUCUACCACUGCUAUGGUGUAGGAAACUUCACACUGUGAUCGCAUGAACGUUGACAUUGUCCUGGAGAACUUGUCAGACUCCUGGUGGACAUGAGAAACACACAAGCUCAGACGGAGUCGUACCCAGAAAUCAGUUGAACACAAUGAAGUCCCAGUUUGAGAUACAAAGUUAAAGGAUUCAUUGUUUUUGUUCUAUUAAAGUACGUAAAUAAAAUGUUUUUAAACAGCCAUAAAGCCUGCCACUCUGUAA